AUGACUUCUGUAAAACUAAACUGGUUGAUUUACGGAGAAGAUCCUUACGAAAAAGUUUCACAGGUUGAUAUUGAUACUAGUGAGAGAGUUAUUGCCCUUAAGAAAGCUAUCAAGAAGGAUAUUAGUGAAAGCGUGUCAGCGAGGGACCUUAAAGUGUUCAAAGUCGAUAUUUCCCUUGGAGAAGCCAGAAACGAGGAUGCUGUUCUUAUGUGUAAAACUGAUCUUAGUAUUAUUGGUCAGGAAAUGAACAACAACUUACAAAAAAUUGGCGUUUAUUUUAAUGUGCAACCAGUCGAGACAAACUUACAUAUUUUCGUGCAACUUCCUACUGUUGUCACCGGUUUACGUAGAAUGACAUAUACUGCAUUAAUUGAAGAACAACUCUCAAAUUUAUCAAUUUUUGGAGAACCAUCGACUGCAACAACUACUGACGAUGUAGAGAUAUCAUCUGGCCUCUCUAUCCCUGCAAAAAGACCCUUGCUAGAUAGAAGUUUUCUAGAUAGAACUUGUAAAAAGAAAAGAGGAGGUCAAUAA